AUGGAACCCAGAGAAGCUUCUCACGCGGGCUCGUGGUACUCGGACAAUCGACGUCAUCUAACUCGUCAGUUGGACCAAUGGUUGGGUCAGGUUCCUGAUAAGAUCCAGGGUAUAGGGCGCUUGCCUGUGCCUGGUGCUCGUGUUGUUAUUGCUCCACAUGCGGGAUAUGCGUAUUCAGGACCUUGUGCUGCUUAUGCGUACAAAGCGUUGGACUUGUCGAAGGCUCAACGCAUCUUCGUCCUUGGACCAUCGCACCACCACUACCUCUCGACUCUGGCUCUUCCGCAGCUAACCUCCUACUAUACCCCUCUCUCCGAUCAUCCUCUCCUGCUGGACACCGAGCUCAUCACCAAGCUCCUGGCAACCAAAGCCACCAUGCCUGACGGAACAACCGUCAGCUUCAGAACUAUGACACGGUCGAUCGACGAAGACGAGCACAGCAUCGAACUUCAUCUCCCCUACAUCCAUCGUCUCCUCCAACUCCAGCACCCUGACCCCUCGCAAUACCCCCCUCUCGUCCCGAUCAUGGUUGGAGCCACUCCCGCCGCGACGGAACACGCCUUUGGAACCCUCCUGGCUCCGUACCUGGCUGACCCGUCGAAUGCCUUCGUCAUCAGUUCCGACUUCUGCCACUGGGGUCUUCGCUUCCGGUACACGUACUACGUGCCACAAGCACCGAAACCAGGACCCCGUCUUCCGCUGUCCAGCGACGCCCUGCCACAGCCAGGAGCUGACUCCGCACACAUCGAAGACAAACUGGAGAUGGUCUCAGCGGGCCGGAUGCUACAACGCCGGGACAAGAUCCAGAAGCACGAGCCUGCUAUCCACGAAAGUAUCUCUGCGUUCGACACUGCGACUAUGGCGGCUAUUACUACGGGAGAUACGGAGAAGUUCCUGGAAACGAUCCAGACAACAGGGAAUACGGUGUGUGGACGACAUCCGAUUGGGGUGAUUAUGGCUGCGAUUGAAAAAUUGACGGGUGGGAAGGGCGAGCGGGGGAAGUUCCAUUUUGUGAGGUACGAGCGUAGUUCAGAUGCGGUUGAGGUGUCGGAUAGUUCUGUGAGUUAUGUGUCUGCGUUUGCCGUGCUGUAG